GGGGCUGCGGGUGCAGGGCCGGGGGAGCCCGGGGCGCUACCCGCGUCCCGCCCGCUGCUGCAGCUGGGAUCAGGCAGGCACUGAGGGAGGCAGCGCCAGGGAGGCUGGAGGGAACAGCGGCGGGAGCUUUCUGCAUCCCUUCGUCCUCCGACCCCGUUCGCGGAGGGAUACCGGCGUGGAGACAGUGGCCCCAAGCCGAGGCAGGGGUGGCUUUGCUGUCGUUUUCAGCGCUGCUACCGGUACGGGGGAAAGAGCGGAGCAGCACUUGGUGCUCGCCCGACCGUGGCGGGUUUUGGAUGUAGGAAAUAUGAAUGACUGGCAGAGGAAAAGCCCUCUAGACUGGGAAACGUAUGUAAACAAAAUGGUGAAAGUUGCUGCAGUUGAGAAACAUGAGUAUGAAGGAUGGGUCUUAACAGUUGAUCCAGUUUCUGCCAGUAUCGUCCUUGCAACGUGCCUGGAGAAUGAAAAAGCAUCCAUAUCAGUUGUCUUGGGCCAUGCUGUCCAGGAGGUUGAAAUACUGAAAGAAGGGGACAAUGAAAUGAAGCAACGGCUUUCUUGCAUAUUUGCACCUGAAGAAAGCAAAGCCUACAGUCCAGAGGAACUUGAAAAGAGGAAGAAUGACUUGAAGACUUGGCUGGAAACAAACCACAUCCCUGUAACAGAGCAAGGUGAAUCAGGAAGAACGCUAUGUGUGGCAGGGGUAUUAACUAUUGACCCACCAUAUGGCCCAGAAGAGUGCAGCAGCUCCAAUGAGAUUAUUCUGUCUCGGGUUCAAGGCUUGAUACAGGGCUAUCUUGAAAAGCAACAGUGAUGUCUGCUGUUUAAAGCAGUUGUCUUUUGGAAUGAGUCUAUCCACCCUAUUUUAGGAACUGUCCUGGGUAUCCACAAAAAUGCUGGAUUUAGGUACUUUUUUUCUAUUUUUGUAACAAGCAGUAUAAACUAAAAGCGUGAAGCAUUUUCCAUGCACUAUUUUUUAUUAAAAGCAAGCCACUGAAUAAUGAUGAUGUAUUAAGCUGAUACACCAGUUUACUGUAUCAGUUAAGUUGAUAUAUCAGUUUAAUACGUAUUUUUUGUAACAGUAUUGCGAAAGAUGAUACAUGAUAAAUUUUAACUGUUUUCCUCUGCCUUUUCAAUUAAUUUAAUUACUUAUCUAGUGAUGUAGGCGUGGUUAUUUGAACUGCUUACCAGAAUUUUUUUGUUUUUCAAGAAAGAGACUUGUGACACUUGGACUUACCAAACGAGAUUAAAAAAAUGUUUAGAAGGCUUUUUUGUUUUUUCCCUUCAAACGCUGUCAUGUUUUAGAGCAUGAAUUAUAAUGUAGGUCCAAGUUUAUAAAAUUAUUAGAGAAGGUUAGCAGGCAAAUAGCAGGGUUUCCUAUUCUUUUCCUAUCUAUUUGUUAUUUUAGAGCACCAGUGAUUGGAAGACCUUUGUUCCUUAGAGAAUUUCUUGCAGUUUGUGUUUCUUAAUGCUUUGUUUCUAGUUUAUGGCAACAUACAAUGCAAGAAUCAUUAUGAUUGUUCCUGAGAUUAUUAAUCCAGUCAGGAGCAUUUAAAGCCCUCAUUUCUCUUGUAGUAUAUUAAUUUGUUCUGUCUUAUUAUGAAAUAGCACCAAAACAUACGCUAGCGUGCUCAAAUGCAUUUGGAAAGUCUGUCUAACCCUUGUUAAUAAAAGGCCCUCCUCAUU